AUGGCGGCAGCGGUCAGCCGCACAAAGCCAGGCGCCCUCGGCGCCGCGGCCGCCACCCCGGUUGCGAGCGGCGGCGGCGCGGAGGCGCCCCUCAUCCUGAUCACGACCGUCGACAUCGGGGAGGGGCGCGCCGACCGCAUCGAGGUCAGGGAGGGGGACGACCCGCUGGACCUGGCACGCGCGUUCGUCCAGAAGCACGGCCUGCCGGCCGCCAUCACGGACGCGCUGGCGCAGCACCUGCGGGACAACCUGCGGGACGUGGCGGCGCAGCACGCGGCGCAGCAGCUGGCGUCGCAGCAGGGGCAGCAGGCAGCGGGGCGGGGCAAGGAGCCCGCCAAGGCCGGCGCCGCUGCGCGAGGCGCGAGCUCUGCGAUCCACUCGACCCAUGCGGACGGGCCUGGCAGCGUCACAGGCGAAACAGACGCCGUCGUGUUUGAGCGCCUGUACGAGCACGCGGUGGUUCUGCGCCAAAAGCUGCAGGACAAAAAGCAGCGCAUUGACAAGGAGGAGUUCCUUGUGCGCGCCGCUGGUUCGUGGCGGCUCGCUGAAAGCUAA